UGAUGACAAGUGAGAAAACAACCAUUGCAAAUUUGCAAUAUUGCAUGGUGCCGUGACUGCCGUCACCUAGGGCUUUCACAGCACUAACACUCCCAAGUCCCAAUUCCCAAAUCGAAGCUGCUCUCCGCCUCUCCGGCCUCCGCCAGUCCGCCGCGCUCUACGCCUCCUGUCGGCUGUGUCCUGCCGUGCUGGUUCAUCGCUGCCGAGUGUCGAAGACGAAGCACCAAGAUCUCACUGGUUCAUCGCUGGUUCAUCACUGCUCAUCUCUGGCUCGCUUAGUACAAUUGGUAUCUCUAAGCCAAUUUAAGCCUGCAGUGUAGAGUCAUAUCAGCUCUGAAAACAUGUCUGGAAGAAAAGAAACGGUCCUGGAUUUGGCGAAGUUUGUUGAUAAGGGAGUCCAAGUGAAGCUUACUGGCGGAAGACAGGUGACUGGAACACUAAAAGGGUAUGAUCAAUUGCUAAAUCUUGUCCUGGAUGAGGCCAUAGAAUUUCUCAGAGAUCCAGAUGAUCCCCUCAAGACUACUGAUCAUACGCGACGUCUUGGCUUGAUAAUAUGUAGGGGUACUGCAGUGAUGCUUGUAUCACCUACUGAUGGCACAGACGAGAUUGCAAAUCCUUUUGUCCAGCCAGAUGGUGCAUAAAUCACUCUCGUUUUCAAGCUGAAUUUAAUCAGCAUUCGCUUCUCCACAGCACCAGAGGGAAUCUGCUUUAUGACUUUUAAGCAGCAGAUUGAUGGAAAGGUUUAAGCUAGUUUUACUUUGUUAACCUUGAACUUAUUUGGUAGGAAAAUAUUGAAAUGUGAAUUGGAUCAUGAAAAUUGUCUGUUGUAAUCUUCUUAAAGGCGUUAUCAUAGCCUCGUUCACGAUUUGAAUGUUCAUGGCGUUUGACUAAAAAUACUUACUAAUCUAAUGCGUCAUGCUACCGAAUUGAGGAA